GUCCGACGCAGGAGCUCUGACCUGAUCCCUGGACAACCAAGCAAGUGUGGGUUCUUAUAUCUCUCCUCCUCCAUCUGAUAUCAGGAUACAUACAUCCUUGCAAAACAGCUGUAUCUCAUCCAAUCAUGCCUUCGCGCACAAGAUCCGCUGCCGUCGUGGCAACCGCCCUCUCUUUGCUCUCAUUUUCUUCAGCACUCCCAAAGCCACAAGCCACCGAUCCUGCUCAAGGAGACUACCUGGCUGCCUGCAUUGCGGCAACUUCAUCUGACCAAACCGACAUCUGCAACCCCGAUUCCAUUGCGGCUAUUCAAUACUGCGUCGUUUCAACAGCCCCGCCUGGAUCUGUUGCAGCCGUGAUCGGUGCGAUGGUCACAUACUGCGCGGAGCAGCGGGAGCCAGCAAAAUACAACACUUCUAGCACUGCGGUAGCUUGGAGUAACUCGACAAGAACCACAACUUCCUACACAACCACUAGCUCUCCUGCACCUCAAUGGAUUCAAUGGUCUAAUUCGAGCACCACCACCACGAAGCCAAACCCCACGUCUACUCCUUCUCAGUGGGCCGACUGGUCGAGUACGACCUCGAGCACAACAAUUUCUCCUUCUCCUCAAUGGAUUCAGUGGUCAAAUGCAACCAGCACGAAUUCGACUUCGGAAUGGAUUGACUGGAAUACUGCGAGCCCCAGCGUGACGACUAGUACUCCGGCAGCGGAGACAUGGUCUGACUGGACAGUUUCGACUUCAGACGAACCUGUCCCUCCUCAGGCCACGAGCUCCACGUGGGAAGACUGGAGUUCCACCACUCCGUCCGUGGCAGCCACCGAAGCUCCAUCGUCAACUUGGGCAGACUGGACGAGUAUGCCUACUCUUCCUUCAGCUUCAUCGAGCUCUACACUUACCAAGACAUGGACCUUUGGUGCGACUUCGUCUGUUUCCGUGGGCAUCUCGAGCAGCACACCAGAUACACCUAUGGCAUCUACUUUUGUUGGUGCUGCGAACAGACUUGGAUCGCCCGCUAGUAUGUUUCUUGCAGCCGCGGUUGCUCUUUUGCCUGUGCUCUAAAACAAGAGCGAAUGAGACCGGCCAAAGGUGUCCAACCCAAUGCAUCAUUUCAUUAUCAACGGGGGUGGGCAGAUUGGGGAACACGGAAAGGGCGAAAGAUUCUUCGGCACUUCAUUAUACGUCAGUGAUUUCGGCAGUUCUUCCACGACGACAUUUGGUUUAUGACUUACGACUUACUAAUGCUCGAUUGGCAUUUUCGAUUGUUCGACACGCACAUAAUAAAUACCCCAUUGGAUUUUCGGAUGGUACAAGGAUGAGAAUACGACAGCAACAAGGCACUGCAACUGAAGAUUUUGGACAUAGCAUGAAGCUGGAUAAGUGUGCAAGGACUGAACGGUACAAAUAUAUAGCACACAACUACUUGAUAAGGCAUGAUAUAGGCAACUGGCUUGGCAGUAAAUAGAUGAAUAAAGAGGACCUAUUACUUACACAAUA